GUGUUCCUUCUGUGCUGAAGCAGACAGUUCUUUAUGGAUUUCUAUUGGCUGAAAAAACUCAUCACUUGGUCUGAACCCAGUUAGAUUGAUCCUUGGAUAAGCAACAUGGUUACUAUGGACUGCAAAAUACUUGGUUUGCUGGUGUUCAUGAUUAUGUUUUCAGGUGGCAUAGCCACAAAGUUAGAAGUUGGGGCUUUUUUCAAUAAGACUGCAGACCUGCCCUGUGGUUUCAAGAAUACUCAAGCCAUCAGCCCAGAAGACCUAGUGAUAUUUUGGCAAGGUGCCAAAGAUGAUGUUCUGUAUGAGCUAUAUCGUGGAAAAGAGAAGCAAAACCACGUUCACCCCAGCUACAUUAACCGCACCAAGUUUACCCAAACCACCUUGAUUUUACAUCUUCUCAAUGUUCAGAUUGUGGACCAGGGGACAUAUACAUGCUUUGUGCAAUACCUUAGCCCCAAAGGACUAGUUAUCAUCCAUCAGUUGCCUUUUCUGCUGUCUGUCCUUGCCCCUUUCAGUCGGCCUGAAAUCACGCGACUUGACAACAAGACUGCAGAAAUUGGAAAUGUAUUGAAUUUUUCCUGUUCUUCUAAACAAGGCUAUCCAAAGCCUCAGAAGAUUUACUGGGUAGUAGAGACUAAAAACUCAACUAUGUAUCUUGGAGAGAUACAUCUGUCCCAAGAUGAUACCAGCCAACUCUACAAUGUUACCACUGCCUUGUCUCUGCCCAUCACUGAUUCUACCAUCUGGAUUAACAUCACCUGUUUCCUACAAACCCAGGGGCCAGAGGAACUCCUUACCUCUGAGACUUUGCUCAUAAAGAUGAAACCCUAUGAAGAACCGGAUAGCAACUUCCUGAUUCCUGGGCUAGUAACAGCAUUUGUUAUAACUGUGGUUCUGCUGAUCGUCCUCAGAGUGCCACAUUGGAAAAAAUGUCCUCAUCUCUGUGGUAAAAGAGAAGCUACCAGGGUGAAAGCAGAAGAUACUGAUCAUCCCAAAGAGAGAGAUGAAGCUUUGGAACCAGCGAACCAUCAAAUGCGUGAAAAAAAAGAAGACAGAUGACGCAGUGUGUCCAUAACACUUGGAAGAGACUCAAAGAAGUCAAAAGGACUUGUUCAGGGCAGCAAGGUUAGAGAGACUUGCCCUACAGUGAAAGCUUGUCUGGGAAACAAAAGAUUAAAAGGAGUGACCUAAUAGAAAACUGAAUCAAAUUUAUGAGAAUACAAACUAUUCCCCAAUUGAUAAAUGG